UUAUAACUAUGCUGAUGUAAAAUUAUAAUAUAUUUUCCUUUCUAUUCGGAUAAUCUGGUAGAAGAAUUAGUGAAAAAGAAAAAAGAAAAGAAAAAGAAGAAAGAGCAUGAAAAAGUAAUGUCAUGAACCACCGAUUAACAGCUGCUUAGCUGACUAUCUCUAAUCAUUUCGUUGCGAACACCGACUUCGGCAUUGGGCGCUGUCAAUAUGGGAAUAUAUUUAAGCAGUCCGAAAACUGAAAAAGUGUCCGAGGAUGGUGAGAAUGACAGACUAAGAUAUGGCUUGUCAUCAAUGCAGGGAUGGCGUUCAACCAUGGAAGAUGCUCAUGCAGUUUAUCCACAUUUGGACACUUCCACUUCCUUCUUUGGUGUAUAUGAUGGCCAUGGAGGCGAUGAAGUUUCUAAAUUUUGUGCCAAGUUUCUUCACCGAGAGGUUCUUAAUCAUGAAGCAUUCUCAGUUGGGGAUGUAGGCACUUCUAUGCAGCAUGCUUUUCUCAGAAUGGACGAGAUGAUGCGUGGACAAACAGGUCAGAGAGAAUUAGCCUCUUUGGCGGAAAAGGACCAAGCUAAGGAGAUAAUAGAGGGUUUGAUAUCGCCUCGCAAGAGUGGUGAAUUCAAGGGGCAAAUGGAUUGUGCGUCUUCAGAUAAGGGGGCUAACUCUGAUUACCAUGGGCCAACUGCAGGAAGCACAGCAUGUGUAGCAAUCAUUCAAAAUACUCAACUUCUUGUGGCAAAUGCUGGCGAUUCUCGCUGUGUCUUAUCACGGAAGGGUCAGGCAUAUGAUAUGUCUAGGGACCAUAAGCCUGACCUUGAAGCUGAAAAGCAAAGGAUUAGUAAUGCUGGUGGAUACGUCCGGUGUGGACGGGUUAAUGGAAGUUUAAACAUGGCAAGAGCAAUUGGCGACAUGGAACUCAAACAGAACAAAUCAUUGCCUGCUGAAAAACAAAUAGUGACUGCUAAUCCUGAUAUCCGCUCUGUUGAGCUCUGCAAUGAUGAUGAUUUCCUUGUUCUAGCUUGUGAUGGCAUAUGGGAUUGCAUGUCAAGCCAAGAAGUUGUGGACUUUGUUGGGGAACAGUUAAAACAUGAAAAUAAGCUCUCCGUUGUCUGUGAGCGAGUGCUAGAUAGAUGUUUGGCGCCAGCCACAGGUGGAGAAGGAUGUGAUAACAUGACCAUGAUCUUGGUACAACUCAAGAAACCCUUCAAGACCGUUGCAUUGAACAAGGAGCAACUACUGCCUUCUAAUCAAAAUUCUGAAUGUAACGAAAACACAGUAGCAUCUAACAAUCCUAAUGCUGUACCUACAGGAUCUCAAUGUAAUGAUAAUGCAGCUGAAAAAGCUUGAAUUUAACUAGUGGUUGCAUUUAAUAUCUCCUAUAUAGGAGUAGUUAAGAUGUCACCGCAAGCUUUGAAGUUUUGAUAGAUAAAACGGAGGCAUUCUAGAGAUACUAGAAGAUCUGUAUAUAUGCUCGAUUCCCGAUCUUUUCAGAUGUGGGGAUAGGUUUUUAGCUUCAAAUAGGCGAAUAACGUGCUGCUAAGUGUAGUCUUUUUCUCCCUUUUUCUUUUCCCUAUUGUAAAGAGAACUAUUACUUGAUUAAUGACGCCGACUGAAUAAAAUGUUGGAUUUUCAUCGUUU